UCCGUAUGGACUAUUCAAGAUUCGUUUAAUAAAAUUUGUCUUCUGCGAAUUUGUCGCUCGUCUUUCCAGAACUUUACAAGGGCAUUCCAGCUAUAAAUUUGGCGGCUUGUUGAGAAGGAAGCAACUGUAUUACUACUAUUAUUUCGGUCCCCUGUUAAAGAUGGAAGUAACUAAAAUGGAAAAUUCUGAGUUCUUGAUAAAGCUUCUGAUUGCUGGUGUUCUUAUCUGUGUUAGCCUGCUAGGGUUCAGGCUAAGGUCAUCAAGGAAACUGAGAAGAAAAGGCCCACCUGUUGUGCCAGGGUUACCUUUGCUUGGAAACCUGCUUCAGCUGAGGGAGAAGAAGCCUCAUUACACAUUUACACAAUGGGCAAGGAAAUAUGGUCCUAUUUAUUCCAUUCGCACUGGAGCCAAUCCUUUAGUUGUUCUCAACUCAUCACAGGUUGCAAAAGAGGCCAUGGUCACCAAAUACUCGUCCAUCUCGACCAGAAAACUCCCAAAGGCUCUGGAAAUUCUUACCAGGGAAAAGUGUAUGAUUGCCAUGAGCGAUUAUGGGGACUUUCACCGAAUGGUGAAGAAAAUGGUUCUCAACAACCUUCUGGGUGCUACAGCUCAGAAACAGAGUCACCAGCGAUCUCUUAGAGAAUGUAUGAUGCAGAAUAUGGUAAGUAAAAUAUAUUCUGAGCUGCAAGCUCAAGCUCAUCAGAUCAAAGAGGGGAUAAACAUAAGGCAGAUUAUCGUCACCGAAUUGUUUCCCUUGGCUAUGAAACAGGUCUUAGGUCAUGAUGUUGAUUCAGUAUAUGUGGAAGAACUAGGAACUAAAAUAUCGAAAUGGGAAAUAUAUGAGAAGAUUGUGAUUGAACCAAUGAAAGGAGCUAUUGAAGUAGAUUGGAGAGAUUUCUUUCCUUACUUGAGAUGGGUUCCACGCAACACUGUGCAAGAGAACAUGAAACAAGUAGAUAAAAAAAGAAAUGCUGUGGUAAGAGCUGUGAUUGAAGACUACAAGAAGUUACCUCCCUCUUCAAAGAAUCCAAACUGCUAUCUAGACAUACUACUCAAAGAGUGUGCACACCUAACAGAUAAAGAAUUGGAGAUGUCAAUCUGGGAGCCAUUGAUUGAAGCAUCUGAUACAACCCUUGUCACUAUAGAAUGGGCCAUGUUUGAACUCUCAAAGAACCCUCAAGCUCAGGAUCGGUUGUAUAGAGAAAUUCAAAGAGUGUGUGGAAAUGAAGUAGUUACAGAGGACUACUUGCCGAAAAUGCCAUAUCUUAGUGCUGUGUUUCAAGAGACGUUAAGAAAGCAUCCUCCAGUCCCAAUUAUUCCUCUGCGAUAUGUGCAUGAGGAUGUAGAGUUGGGAGGGUUUUUUGUCCCUGCAGGAAGUGAGAUUGCAAUCAACAUAUAUGGUUGUCAUUAUGAUGAGAAGGAAUGGAAGAACACAAGUGAAUGGAAUCCAGAGAGGUUUGAAGAGUGUAGGAAUGGUGACAUAUUGGAUCUAUACAAGACAAUGGCAUUUGGCUCGGGUAAAAGGAUUUGUGCAGGUGCAGUUCAAGCCAAUUUAAUUGCUAACACAACAAUUGCUCGUUUUGUUCAAGAAUUCAACUGGGAACUAGCCUUUGAAGAGGAAGAUAGUGUUGAUACAGUUGUCCUUACUACCCACAAACUUCAUCCCUUGAAGGCCAUCCCCACUCCUAGAAAAAAACCUUAAUAAGUAAGGCCAUCCCCACUCCUAGAAAAAAACCUUAAUAAGUACUAUCAAAAUUCCUAGAUAUCCUUGUAAUAACACUAUGAGCUCACCUCAUUUUACAUAAUUGUCUUAGCUUCAA